AUGAACUCUACGGAUUAUUUCAAGAGGGUAGCCAGAACUUUCCCUGUUAUCCUUGGUAUUUUGCUCGGAAUCAGAUUAGCAUCGGUUUUUGCUUGCAAUGGAGACGAAUGCCGCAUCAUCAUCUUCGAGGAAUCGUUGCCAAAUAAGGCAAUUAAUGGUCACGUUAUCAGGAGCGAAGAGGUAACUAAUGAGGGGAGCUGCCGGAUGAUGUGUUAUAUGGAGCCUAACUGUGUCUCCGUGAACUUAAGACCCGUACAUGGAGGAAAAUACAAAUGUGAGUUGAAUAACGCCACAGUUGAUGAAAGUAAACUGACCUUCCUUGAGGAUUUGGGUGCUUACUACCUGGCUAUUGAGAAUCCCUGUAGUAGCAGUCCUUGUUUGAAUAACGGAACUUGUCAAGUUGGUUUUACCAGCAAGGGAUUUCGAUGUUUCUUUUUUCACGGACUUGUUGGAGAAAACUGCGGUGUGCUACCAAAAUCCUGCAGCCAUUUAAAAAAGCUCCAUCGUGAAGCAAAAAGUGGACUAUACAUGAUUGAUCCAGACAGUGAAGGUGAAUUGCUGCCUUAUAAGGUCAUGUGUGACAUGACUGACAAAAACGGAGUUGGCGUGACUGUCAUAAGUCACGACAGCGAAAACAGAACAUUGGUGAAAGGAUGCGAAGAUGCAGGCUGUUACUCGCGCAACAUUAACUAUACAGGAGCGAGCCUCUUUCAGCUUAAAAGUCUGACUGCUGUUUCCCUUCACUGCGAGCAGUUCGUUAAGUACGAGUGCUACCACUCCAGAAUGAAGGGGUUCGCCUGGUGGUUGUCACGUGAUUCGAAGAAAAUGACCUACUGGGGAGGUGCAAAACCGCGUCGUGACGUCGGUCAUGAUGGAUUAACUUGCGCAUGCGGAAUGAAGAAGACAUGUGCUGAAGCAUGCUAUUGUUGUAACUGUGAUGCGAAUGAUCCACAGUUGCGUGAAGACAGUGGUUUCCUCUCUGACAAGACCGAUCUGCCAGUCAGGCAGCUAAGGUUUGGAGAUACGGGUCAUAACAACGAGCAUGGCUACCAUACCUUAGGAAAGCUGAAGUGCUAUGGAACUGCUUAACUGUAAUGAUACGCUCGUAAACCAGUUUUAUCCUUUCAGGCUCAUAUACUGUGGAAAGUUAGAGAGAAUAUUAUGUUCAGUUUAGCUGACGUUAAGGUUGACUGUGGGCUCCCAAAAACCUGGCGUUGAUGUUAUUAAGAAGACGCUGUGAUUUUUAAGCCAGAUGUUUCUUCAUUUCUACGUUCAUGUA